AUGGCGUCACCCAACACCAGCAUCUUUCACGUCUGGGCCCAUCGAAUCCGGGGAAGAAUUUUGACGAACGAUGAGACCUGCUUCGAGUACAUCGCUAGCAAAUACGGCAUGCAAAGCAUUGUCAGUGGGAUUUGCUUCGGCUGCGGUGCCCAUCCCUGUGAGCAUUCCGUCUUGCAGAACUUUCGAGACGUCGACAGGCACUGGCAAGAGUAUCUCCAACAGGGAAUCACCGAAUGCAAAGUGACUACCCGGUUUCCCGAUGGGGUAAGCCAACCUCUCACGGUGAUGGAAAUCACACGCUGCUCGGUCUGCAAUAGCAACACCCACCCAACAAUCAUGUGCCUCAAGCUCCUUGAUGACCACUCCAGUCAUUGCCCCAUUUGCCGCAGCAGCCAGCACGGUAUAGGCGACUGCCCGACUUUCCUUAGGAUGAACCUCAGCCGACAAGUUCAGUUGCUUGUAGCGGAUCGCGCUGGUCUUCCCCCUCUGGUUAAGGGCUUUCCUUGGUGGGAUUAUCUUCACCGAUGGAUGAAUGACCCAGUCUCUGAUAACAAGGUUCUUUCUGGGUUCCCGUGGUCGGAGAACUUCGCCAAGGAGAUCACCUCGAGAGAAGGUGGACAGUUCGUCAAGAGACUUCAAGCUGUGUUCGACAAGGAUUUCGAUCGAUCACUUCUGCCGGUGGAUGAGAGCACUCGCACAAUCAAUGGUGUAUACACCAACUUGUGGUGUCCUGCCAACGUCCGAGGAUGGGUUCAAAGCGCCGGGUCAGGCGGCCAGUGA